AUGCCAGAGCUAGAAGAAGGAGUGAUGGAACCAGAGCUACCACCACGAAUGGAUCCAAGGCCACGAAGUCUACCCCCUCUACCCCUUCUAUGUCUCACAGGGGCAUUGGGGAAACUGUCAAGAAUUGGGACUCUUCUAGGGUUGGGAUUUGAAGAUGACAUGGUAGAAGGGCUUGAACAGAGGAAGAAAUUCCUAAUGAAGUUGAAUAAUGAGACGGUCUCCAUUGAGCUCAAGAAUGGCACCGUUGUUCAUGGAACUAUUACAGUGGCUCUAACUGUGGUGGCAUCGACUGAAUAUUUGCAUACGGUGAACAAUGAAAGAAGGCAUUACACCGUAUGCCUCUUAGAGAGAAAAUGCAGUUAUGGGCGGUUCCAAGUCGACGAAUUACCGUGCCCAUACGCUUGGGCUGUCCUGAAGAGCAAGUUUCUAAUGCCAGAAGAUUAUUGCUCUGAUUAUUACAAACCAAAGUCCGUUGUAAUGACAUAUGAGGUGCACGUAUAUCCUUUGCCGGACCGGAAAGAAUGGAAUAUACCAGCACAUAUAGCAGAUGAAGUUAUAUUACCACCAAAAUGGAAAAGACAUCCGGGAAGACCAAAGAAGAAGCGUGAUAAGCCGUUCAUUGAAUUGCUGCAGAAGAAAAAUCAACAUUCGUGUAGCAUAUGUGGGCAGGAAGGACAUAAUAAGCGUACUUGUAGAAAUGCUCCACGUAGAAAUUAG